AUGACUGUACAAUUCUCAAACAACUAUAAUUGGGAAAAGCAAUUGGGUCCUUUAGAAUACUUUUCAUCUCCAGUGUAUACCAGAGGCUCUCUUUUCUUUAAAGGUGAAAUUGAUUUGAUGAAAUUUAUCAGAUCAAUGAGCUCCUCCUUUAACUAUUUCCAUCUCCUAUUGUCUCAUUUCUCCACUGAUAAAAAAGGAAACAUAUGGGCCUGUAACUCAACAAAGAAAAUAAACUCAACUACCAAAGAGCAAUUAGAAAUUGAAUAUAUAAAUGAACCAAUGGAAUCUGCAACAUUUGAAAAUACUUUACCCAAAAAAACAAUCAAAGAUGUAUAUAAACUUGGAUUUGCCAAGGAUUUAAAUGGUAUGGUAAUGGCUGCUUUUAAAUUAACAAUUUUUAAUGAUGGUUUUUGUAUUGGAUAUACUGUAAAUCAUUCAUUUUUCGAUCAAGCAAGUAUUUACUACUAUUUAAAAUUUUUAUCUCAGAUCUAUUCAAAUGAUGGUGAAAAUUUAACAUUUUUAAAACCACAAAUAUUUGAUUCACAAAAUUUUAUAAACAACAAAGUUAAAUUUGAUGGAAUUAUUAAUGCACGUGAAUAUGGUGAUUCAAAUUUUGGGUUUAUAUUUUACACAAUGUCCCAAAAACCAAGUGAAGGAAGUAUUGAUAUUAAUUUUUUCCACAAUACCACUAUUGGGCUAAAGUUUGAUUUGGAGGAAAUCAAUAAAAUUAAAUCAAAAAAUUCAAACUAUUUAUCAACAAAUGAUAUAAUAUCAGCAAUUGUACUAAAAGUUUUAACAUUAACAGAAUUUUUAAAAGAUAGUGAUGAUUUUACUCUCAGAUAUGUUUGCAACGUUAGAAAAUAUCUUGAAAAGGGUGAAGAAGCCAUUGGAAAUUUUGCUCAUCACUGUAAAAUGAUUUUAAAGGUAAAGGAAAUCAAAGAAUCUUCAAUUCUCGAUUUAGCAAAUAUAGACCGUAAAAGUAUAUUAGGAAUUCAUGGAGAUGAUUUCAAAGACUCAUUAAACUGGUACAAAUAUAUGCAAGAUGAAAAAGAAGUGGCACUCACAUAUGUUGGUAAACCAUCAUUUUAUUCAUCUCGUAUUACAAACUGGACCAAUUUUGAUUAUGAUGCAGUUCAAUUUGAUAAGGUUUCUCCUCACUCAAUAAAAACCCCAUCGCUUGCAGGUUAUGGUAUUAAUACAAUUACAUUUACUACAGAACAUGGUAAAAAAUAUUUUACUACAGGUGUUUCAAUUCCAAUUGAUUGUAUGGAAAAAUUAGAUAACUUUGGGAAAACAUCAAAACUUUUUUCAAUUGAUAACAUUUUUAAUUAA